GCAGACAGGGAGCAGAGGUGCCAAAGGCUUUGCCCUGCAGCCCAUCACGCAGCCAAGCUCACAUAGCCCAGGGCACGGAAAGCGCUGCAAGGGCGUGGAGAGCAAGGAGGACCCAUGUUAAUUAUUACCCGCGGCCGCCGGAUCUCUGCCCCGCCCCCGCGGUGGCCUGCUGUCUGCCUGCCGCUCUCUCUCUAGCUGCUGCCACCUGCUUCCCGCACUGGACAUGGCUGGCAAGGCACACAGGCUGAGCGCUGAGGAGCGGGACCAGCUGCUGCCAAACCUGAGGGCUGUGGGGUGGAAUGAAGUGGAAGGCAGAGAUGCCAUCUUCAAGCAGUUCCACUUUAAAGAUUUCAACAGGGCCUUUGGCUUCAUGACCAGAGUCGCCCUGCAGGCUGAAAAGCUGGAUCACCAUCCCGAAUGGUUUAACGUGUACAACAAGGUCCAUAUCACGUUGAGCACCCAUGAAUGUGCCGGUCUUUCAGAACGGGAUAUAAACCUGGCCAGCUUCAUCGAACAAGUCGCCGUGUCUAUGACAUAGAUCUACCCUGUCUCCUAUUUCCUUGGGGGAAGGAGUGACUGGAGGAGCAACUUAGGGAGGGAACCAAGGAGGCUGGCUGGCUCUUGCUCCCUGACUCUUGCAGUGGACACCACUGCCUUCAGGGAUGAGUCUCCCUGUGCAGAACAAUGCCAAGGCCAACAGCAGGGACUCUGCCGUGUUACACUGAUUUGAAAAGCUCUCCCUUUUUCUGUAGAAUGACUAGCCUCAGUCAUGUUCCAGGCUACUUCUCGCUCCUCUUCUACUCUUUCUAGUUCAUUUUCCAAGUUAGCUGUGAUUUAUAAAGCACGACAUAAAGUCCAAUUCAGAUCCUACUAAUACAAGCCCCAGUAUAUUACAGAAAUGUGCUUUUAUGCCUCCAAUAAAACUACGUUAUCGAUGGG